CUAUCCCAGCUCUAAUAAUUGAAUUUCGCUAUGUUCUAUCUAAACAAAGAUGUAGCAUCGACGUAAAUUAUCUGAGUAUUAUCUAAACAAUCUAAAGAAUUGAGCUAAAGAAGAUUAUCUUGGAAAUUUCUGUAUUGUGCUUCAGAGAUCGAAACGGACGUCACAUCCAAGCAAACGAAAUAUUUUGUAAAGGAUUAUCGGUGGCCGCAAUGGAGAGUGGGUCGUCUGCCAAGACGGGCGAUUUCUUCUACGGCUGGGAUCUGCUGUACAAGACCGUUAAGGCUGAUGUCUCCAAGAAGUCAGACCUGUUGAUUGCCCUCGUCCACUUUCUUUUGACCAAGCAUUACAACUUCCGAUGCGUUGGCAUUGGCGAUGAUAAAACCUUGCCGGAGGAGGAGGGCAGUGAGCUGCUGCCGGACAGCUGGAAUGAUGACGAUACCAAGUACUCGCUGCGCUACGUGCACGAUAAGAUGCUGUAUCUGCUGCUGGGCCACAUCACCGAGGGUUCCCUGCUGAUCAACUUGUUGGACAUCAACACUAAGAAGGUGUCCAACAUAUGCGUGGAACCAGAAACCCUGGUGCCUGAGGUCAAAGGAGGCAUCACCACCAUAAUGCCGAGUGCCUCAGAGAUUGUUGAACGCUACCGUAGGGAGCUCCUAGACCCUGUAUUCACGGGCAACUCGCGCGAGGUUACCACACAGACGACCAAUUCACCACGCCCCAAUGUAUCGACUCCAGAUCCCUUUGGCGAGCCCAGGCGUGGCGGAUCCUUCACUCCAGGUCAAUUCGAGCCUCGCCCUUUUGGAUUUCCGGACGUUGGACGCGGGGAUCUCGAUCCACUGGGUCGCGGUGGUCAUGGUAACCUGUUCAGCUUUCCAUCACGCCCAAAUAUGGGCCCGGGACCUUUGCCCCGCUUCGACCCGUUCAAUCCCCUGAAUCCGAAUAGGCCGGGACAGGGUGGAAUCAAUCCAGAUCAUAUGCGCCCACCAGAUUGGAAUCCCGAUUACUACAUGUAAUUACCAGGAAUGCCAUGCAUAGUGAGCCAUUAAAAUCAUUAGUUUAUGACCACGAAAUAAAAGUUUUCAUUUUAGAAGACUAAAAUUAAACGGA